CCGUAAAUCGUUGCCACUCCCCUCAACUAUGGACGCUGAAAUACACCAGCGACUCAUCGACGCUGAAGGAGAACUGUUGUCUGCUUUAUCUGAUGAAAACCUCUUGUUGCCAUUCCAUUCCACGUGGUCAAAAUUACAAGUCGAUAUUUCUGACAUGAAAUCGCAAGGUGGACUCAGGGAAGACACACUAGCAUUGGCGCAUGCCGUCGCAUCGCGUAUUUCUACUGUUUCACAAUGUUACCUUGAUUUACAACAAAAGCAGGAGUUUCUUAGGACGAGGUUCGCGAAUAAUGGGAAGGAAUUUUUGGCACAUCUAUCCCAUGCUCCUAAGUCGUCAGCUUCGUCAACUCAGCCAAAUGAAGAGAGAUGCACUCCUUUCAUCGCGACAACUUCCAAGUGGCUGCUUGAGCACAUUCAUAACCCGUAUCCCUCACCUCAAUUCAAAGCUUCUGUCGCUGAAGGUUGCGGCUGUUCACAGAAUUCGGUUAAUUCUUGGUUUAUCGGUGCACGGCGUCGCACUGGUUGGACGUCUCUGUGUCGUGACCAAUUCCGUAACUGCAGAGCCGACACCGUGGAUGCUGCAUAUCGUGCCCUGGUUCGACCAGAUCCAGCUCGCCCGCUGCCUUCAGCCAUAAUCAAAGCUUUUGCGGCUAUCAAGUCGAAUGCUGAGGGGCUGUACUCGGCGUUCACCAAGAACAGCACUGCGAUAGAUCUUGAUGUGGUAGGGAACGAUACGGCAGACUAUGGCACGCAGAAAUUCACCAUGGAACGUACCCGUCAGCAAGAAAUCAUCGGGAGGAAAGCAGAGAUACAUGCGUAUCACGAGGACCAGCGCUCCGAAACAACUAUAUACCCUUCUCCAUUUUCAUCCCCGCCGCCUCUAGCAUCAGCUAUUCCCACUCUUGUCCCCUCAUUAUCGGAUGAAAGCGAUGAUGAAGACCAAGAUGUCGCUCCCCCUGUCUUAGCUGGUCGCAAACGUAGAGCGUGUCUAUCAGAAAACCAGUGUGCUCCUUGCACUGAGCGCCCAAAACGUUUAUGUAUCCGGUCUUCCCCAACCCCAAGUACUGAUACAAGCGAGCCUCCGUCCCCUUCGUCCGACGAGGGAAUAACGAUUCACGCUUCGUCAGAACCGCAAGCUAGCCGUGCACUGCCUCGUUCUCGCAAGCGGCGGCUUUCUGAAGGCGCUCAACCCAACAUUCCCAAACGCCCGCACGGUUUGCCCGUUGUGCCUCGCCCUCAAGUGGUUUCCGAUCCGCUUCCCCGAACGAUAUCACAUGAAAGUGAUAUCGAGGAUUGGUUCCAAACCAAUUUUCAGACACUAUUUGACCUCCCUGCUCCUGUCGAAUGCUCAGAUCUUGACUCCUCUACGCAAUGGGAAGUCUUGUUUGGUGGAUAUUCGAUACCCUCAGCUUCGGUCCAGAGUGAGCUCCAUUUGACACAUUCACCACCGGCGUCCUCCGAGGUUGUGCUACAGGACGUCCUGGAACGCAGUAAUUUCGGCGACUUUGACGAUCUUUUCUUACCCCUUGGAAAUGAGGCUUCUGAAGAUACAUUGCCGGGUAUACGUUCGUCGGACCUCCUGCUCUCCCCGGAGCAGCAAGUCGUCCUGUCCGACGGAACGCCUUCCGUGGGAGGUGUACCAUUCCUUGACAAUUGGGUAACACUUUGCGAAGCCACUUCUCAGGCUGAGAGUGUCAGCACCAAUACGUCUGAGUUUGGCUUUCUCGAGUUCUCCGACCUCUCGGUGCCACACCCUCUGGUAGACAGCCAGGCGGCCUUUGUCCUCGGGGAUAUUGGUUUGCCCGUUGGUGCUUGAUAUCGUAACUCCAUUAUCUUUAUUCAUAAAUAUGCGUCAUUGGCGUUCCGCCGUCGCAUGUUGCUAGUUACUCACCAGUGAUUGCUGUCCCGCUACUGCUCCACCUGCUUUCUCUCAUUUGCAACCCAUGUUUUUUAUGUGUAUUUUUCAAAUUGUAUCUAUAAAACAAUUACACUAUAUUGUUC